UUGGAUCCUGAGAUGAUGACAACGCUCAAGUAAGUCGUCUAAAAUACAAAAUGGCGGCGCAAAAGGGAAAGUCAAGUGUAAAGAUUGCUCUUGGUGCCAUUGUUUGUGAUGAGUGUGAAUUGCAGGGAGACAUAACUAUAGGAACAAGAACUGUGAUCCAUCCAAAGGCAAAGAUUAUUGCAGAGGCUGGGCCUAUCAUCAUUGGUGAAAACAAUAUCAUUGAAGAGUUGGCUUGUAUCAUAAACAAACCCGCAGCAAAUGCAACACCAGGUGGUACCCAGGCUGUGAUGAUAAUUGGCAACAAUAAUGUCUUUGAAGUUGGUUCAUAUAUAGAAGCUGUGAAAAUAGGAGAUCAUAAUGUUGUUGAGGCCAGAGCAAAUGUUGGGAGACAGGUUGUUCUAACGUCUGGCUGUAUUAUCGGAGCUGCAUGUUCUGUGACCAGUAAUGAGGAUAUAGAGGAGAACAGUGUUAUAUACGGGGCCAACUGUGAUCGAAGGGUCCAAAAAGAAAGACCUCCAGCACAGACUUUACAGAUAGAUUUCCUGACCAAGAUUCUACCAAACUACCAUUACUUGAAGAAGCCAUCUAAGCAAGCUACCCCACAGAGGACCUGAUAUAGUGUAAUCUCACGUGAUGACUUUACUCAGCUUUGUGUUCUUAUUUACUGAUGCUUGGAAAGAAAAAAGGACUCGUCAAUGUGUACUUAUUUAUUGAAAUGUUACUAAAUCUUUGGAUCUGUGUUCUUUGCAUGACUUGCUUAAAUAUUUUCAAAAGUUGACCCAUAUGCACUAGCUUGAUGCUUUAAGUACAUGAGGGUAAAGGUUUUAUUUUCAAAUACAGUCAAACCUGUCUACGAACCCUAGGCCUUCAGUACAGGUUUUUAUAUGUGUGCGUGUGUAUAUGAGUUAGUUGUAUGAUACCAUGAAAUUUCAAUGUCAAGUAGCAGUUUGUGGUUAAAUUUCUCUGAAUUUUAUACUUGCAACCUGAAUUCUAGGAAGCAGUUAAUGUAAUGUUACCGUUGACAGUUCAUUAUUAUUUUAGUGACUUACAGCUCAGAGGAAGUUAAAAAACUUAAGUGAAUUGAAAAAAAGAAUGUAACAGUUCUGCAUGUUACAGUUCCAUCAAAAUACAUUGAAACUCUGCUCGCUCGAGGCCGCAAAGGGAUGCGCAAAAUGCUCGAGUUAUCCAUGGUUCCGAGCGGCCCAAACAUUGACCACCAUACGAAGAAAAUUGAAGUUUGUUUGACCGAUUGUUUCUGGACAAGUUGCAGAGGAAACGAUAUUUCAUUAUAUUAACACGAAACAUAUAACAAACGUUAUCAGUGAUAGAAGUUUCAAUAUGUAAUUUGUAAAUGGCACAUGUGAAGAAACAACUAAGACUUUUUUAAAAAAAAAGUAUCAACAAGUGCAUAAAAUAAUAUUUUAGAAAUUAGAUUUUCAUUUCAUUUCAUUCAUGCACGAAAGCAUAUCAUAAAACAUAUAGGACAUGCAAAACAAUACAAAAAUGGUUAUAAAAACAAAGCACAUUCACUUUAGCACAUGAAUCAAUAAAACCUUUCUUAAACCUUUCAUCUAUGAAUAAUCUAAAUAUCAGAUCAAAUAUACUUUAAGAUGGUUGGGGAAUAGACCACAUAAUUCUCAUGGCAUGUGAAAAAUUUUAAUUUACCGAUACAUUCUGACAGCUGAAGGUGUGAAAAAUUUUGACACCUCUGCUCGAGUUUGGCAGAAGCAACAAAAAGUAAAUUAAAACACAGGGACCAGAUGUCAUGCUCGAGCAAUCGAGUUGUCGAUGCUUGACCCAGCCAUGGUAAUUUCACAUAGAAAAUAGAAAGAAGUCUACCUGGACCACAUGAAUUGCUCGAGCAAGCUUGGGUGCUCCAGCGAGCUGUGUUACACUGUAUCAAUAGGCAUAAAAUUAAUUAUGUGAAAUGAUAUGAAUUUAAAAUAGCACUUUAACCUUAACCUUUUUAGAAAAACAAUGCUGUGAAAUCAUUUAGUUUGAUUUUUUUUUGUAUAAAAUUUCCUUGUUUCGGCCAAUAUAACUAUUUAUUUUGCACUUUUCAGUAAAAUACUGGAAUAUAUAAGUGAAGUAAUAUUAAUGUUUUCUCUGUUUCAAAGCAUUGAAUAUAUUUUUUGUUUUACUGGUACAAAACUACAUUAGAAUGCAAGGAAUAUGAAAUUUAUAUGUGUAUAAAUACCAAUAUACAAUUCACCAUAAUAAAAUGUAAAAGAAAUCUGUAAACUUCAUAAAACUGUUUGAAAAUACUUCAACCUAGAUAAGCUGAAGUAAGAAAGAACAUUUGCAAUGUCAUGCAUUUGACAUUGUGUGGCUAAGCCCAUCUUAGGCCACAAAUGAUAGUUACCCAUUAUCUUUUCACUUGUGGCUUUGCCACUCGUGAAAAUAUUGGUUAUGGUGUUUACUUGUUGAAAUAUAUUUUGACCUUACACUGAAACAAACAAUUUGCUCUGUUUCUCUGGGACUUAAACUCAACGAAUCCAAUGAUAAAAAAGGGAGAGAAAAACUUUCUUUGUUCAUUAGGAUGUUAUUUCAAGAAUUGACACAAUCGGGAAAUUCAUGAAAAUUAGUCCCCAACAAAUAUUAAUGAUUUCCCAGUAUGGCUCUGUUCUGAACCAAUUAUUUUCACUGAAUAAUGAUAUAUUUUGUUAUCUAUAUGGGAAGACCUGAUAGUUCAAAAAUGAAACAUGUAUUAUUAUUUUUUGUCAUGAUAUUUCAUUGCUUGCAACCAUUACCAAUGUAUUUGUAAAACAUUUCACAGGAAAUGAUUCUAAUGUAUUUCUUAUGUUCUUUGGAAGUGCCCUACAUAUCCAUAAAUCUUUAUAGAAUAGGCCUUAAACUUCUAAAUUGGAUUGAAGAACAUUUAUUUGUCAAUAUAUAUAUAAGACUUUAAAAUAAUUACAUUGUAAUAUAUGUUCUUGGGGUUUCAGGGGCAAUAUUUUAUACAUAUUUUGUCAGAGUUUAUAACAAAAGCUGUAUCUGAAGCAGUAUUCAUUUCCUGUCUAAUAAGGGCAUUACUUUGAUGUCUAGAUUUAAAACAUUGCAUUUUUUUUUUCUUAACCCUUACCAUGCUCAAUUUCUAUAAUGAACUUGUCCAUCUUUCAAUUUGGACAGGACCAUUAACUGUUAAAAGGGGAGCUUACCAAAAAGAUACUGACUGAAUAGCGAACAGUGCAGAUCAUGAUCAGACUGUACAUCCAUGCAGUCUGAUCAUGAUCUACACUGGUCGCAAAGGCAGAAUCAAUCGUGUCCAGCAUUAGAAGGGUUAAAGAUAAAUGACCAUGAAUCAUAAACCAUGGUAUUCUGUUUUAAUUAGGCAAAAUUAUGGUAAGAAAGUGGAGAGUAUUUAGAAGCACACACUUUUAGCAGACCUAACAUAAAGAGUUAGAUUUUUAGCUUGAUUAUUUGAAGAAUAGGUAGAGCUAUUGCACUUACCCAUUUUUGGUCUCAUCAUUCCAGUUUGGUGAAGUUUUUGUAUCCAUCCUUAGAAGCACAUUAAAAUGCAUUCUUAAAUCGACUUUUUUUCCGUUUAUUAGCUCAGCUGAUUUUUUGAAAAAAAAAGAUGAGUUAUUGUCAUCACUUGAUCGGUGUCGGCGUCGGCGUUGCCUGGUUAAGUUUUAUGUUUAGGUCAGCUUUUAUCUUAAACUAUCAAAGCUAUUGCUUUGAAACUUGCAACACUUGUUCACCAUCAUAAGCUGACCCUGUACAGCAAGAAACAUAACUCUAUCCUGCUUUUUGCAAGAUUUAUGGCCCCUUUUGUACUUAGAAAAUAUCAGAUUUCUUGGUUAAGUUUUAUGUUUAGGUCAGCUUUUCUCCUAAACUAUCAAAGCUAUUGCUUUGAAACUUGGAAUACUUGUUCACCAUCAUAAGCUGACCCUGUACAGCAAGAAACAUAACUCCACUCUGCUUUUUGCAAGAUUUAUGGCCCCUUUUGUACUUAGAAAAUAUCAGAUUUUUUGGUUAAGUUUUAUGUUUAGGUCAACUUUUCUCCUAAACUAUCAAAGCUAUUGCUUUGAAACUUGCAACACUUGUUCACCAUCAUAAGCUGACCCUGUACAUCAAGAAACAUAACUCCAUCCUGCUUUUUGCAAGAAUUAUUGCCCCUUUUGGACUUAGAAAAUUAGUUUUCUUGGUUAAGCUUUAUGUUUAGGUAAUUCAGCUUUUCUCCUAAACUAUCAAAGCUUUAUGAGAGAUCGCCAUGACGUCACGCAUAAAUACCUGUUUAUCUGGUGGUGGGUAAAACAAAUGUUUUUACACCGUUUGUGUAUGGGAUCUGAAUUUUUAAUUUUUAAUAACUUUUUCGCUCAUUUAUGGAUUUUAAAAAUUAAAAAAGUUUUGGAAUGCUUAGGAUUUUCAUAUUUUCCCAUUUAAAUAUCUUUUUAAAAUGAAUAUCCGUUUUAAAUGACAUAAGAUUUUAAUAGCGGCGUAGCGAUCCUCCAAACAUUUUGAAAAAACACUGUAAGUUAAGCGUUCAUAAUUAAUCCAUUUAAUUUCGAAUUUAUAAUCAAAAGUAAUCAAUAAAUUGCUUGUUUUAUACACUUUCCAUUGAUCAAAAAAUUAUUGAUAUUAUUUGUGUUUUAAGAAAGUUUAAGCCGUUAGAAAAACAUCACUGUUUACAAAAAACAUGGACGCUUGGCGUCGGCCCACCCCGUCUUUGUCUUAUCAGUUCUAAAAAUAGAAAAUACAAUGGAUUUGUUUACAAACACGAUCAUUCCUAUUGCUUUAAAACUUGCAACACUUGUUCACCAUCAUAAGCUGACCCUUUACAUCAGGAAACAUAACUCCAUCCCACUUUUUGCAAGAUUUAUGGCCCCUUUUGGACUUAGAAAAUAUCAGAUUUCUUGGUUAAGUUUUAUGUUUAGGUCAACUUUUUCUCUUAAACUAUCAAAGCUAUUACUUUGAAACUUGCAACACUUGUUCACCAUCAUAAGCUGACCCUGUACAUCAAGAAACAUAACUCCAUCCUGCUUUUUGCAAGAAUUAUUGCCCCUUUUGGACUUAGAAAAUCAGUUUUCUUGGUUGAGUAUUAUGUUUAAGUCAGCUUUUCUCAUAAACUAUCAAAGCUAUUGCUUUAAAACUUGCAACAUUUUUCACCAUCAUAAGCGGACGAUGUACAUCAAGAAACAUUACUCUAUCCUGCUUUUUGCAAGAAUCAUGGCCCUUUUAAGACUUAGAAAAUCAUGGGUAGGACAAUAUUUCUAUUAUACAAAAAAAUCAGAUGAGCGUCAGCACCCGCAAGGCACUUAUUGUGCUGCUCCCACCCCACACCUCUCCCACUCUCAAAGAUGGUGGAGAGAGGACAGUCCUUUGGCUUUUGCUUUUUUAAAAAAAAGUUAUAAAACAAGUUAUCAUAUGGAAUCUAGAAAUCCUAUUUUCAGAAAAAGCAUUUUAGUUUUCAUUAAAAUUUAAUAUCUGAAAGAAUCAUUAAGGCAAAUAUGGUGAGACAUCUUUACCUCAUUUUGUGCAGAAGUUUCAUAAUGCAGUUUCCAGUGAGGACAUCUCUGUAUGUCCCUCAGGUGCUCACAUGUUUACAGUACAGACUAGGUGAAAUCUCUGUAAAUUUCUGUACUAUCUUUGAUAAGAUCACUUCAGUCUGGAUGUCUAGAGCAUCCCAGAGCACAUAUUUCAUCAUUAAAUCUAUUUGUAUACGAUUGACACAUCACAAUGUAAGAUCAGCUUGCUUCCUAUUCCCCUGGUUCCUGGUCUUUCUUCUCUUUAAUGGGAUAAAAUGUUGUCUGCCUCUCACACUGUACUUGCUUAAUGUUGUUAUCUUCCAGACAAUGAUUUUAUCAUGAGGAAAUGUGCUGUAUUGAAUUAAAAUCUUAUGUAUUUAUUGAUACUGCUUAACUCCCCUUUCAGGUAUUACUAGUAGCUAUGUAUUGUAUGUGGUAUUUGAAUUGUCUUACCAAAGUAAGUGGACAAAUGAUUGUGACUGGUAUAUUGGAAAAAAAGGCAAAACUAUAUGUAUUUUAUUGUUCAUCAUAAACAUGUAAUAUAUUGUUUUUUUUUUCUCCUCUCUGGUGAAUUCUCAUUCUAUACAGCCUUUUCUUCUUGUUCUGAACAGCUUGGUUUAAUUUAUUAUGAAGAACAAUGAUCUAUGAAACGUAAAACUUUCGGAUAAAAAAAUCACUUGAAUGAAGGUCACAACACACUGUCAAAUGAAUGUUAAUGCUGAUAUACACCAUGUAAAAUCCAGUUAUCAGCAAUUAUUUAUUCAAUAAAAUUCGUAUUUCUUGAUGUUAUCUUUAUUAAGGAGUGAUACAGCAUGUGCAAUAUAUUGUAAAUAAAUGUGCUACACAAAUUGAAA